AUGUGGAUCGCGCGGUGGCCGCUCGUCUUUGCAUUUGCGGCGCUAGCCAGCGCUGCGCCCGUCGGCAAGAGCCACUACGGCAUCGUCUUUGACGCCGGCAGCUCGGGCACCCGCAUACACGUGUACACCUGGCGGACCGGCGGUGGCGGGCCAAAGGACGCGUUUGACCUCGUUUCGGACGAGCUGCUCAAGAUCAAGCCGGGCCUCUCCGCGUACAAGGACCGCCCGUCCGAGGCCGGCGCCUCGCUGGAGCCACUGCUGGCCUUUGCGAGGAGCAAGAUCCCGGCGGAGCUCAUCGCGAGCACGCCAAUGUUCCUGAUGGCGACGGCGGGCCUGCGGCUGGUCGGCGAGGCGACCAAGGACGCGAUCCUGGCGUCAGUGUGCGGCUACCUGGGGUCGACGGGCUUCCUCUUUCGGUGCGAGUGGGCCACGCUCCUCGACGGGCGUGACGAGGGCCUGUACGGCUGGGUGACAGUCAACUACCUGCUCGACGCGCUCUACCCGGGAGGAGCCCAGCCGGCUGGCACGAUCGACCUGGGCGGCGGGUCGGUGCAGAUCGUCUUCCCGACGCCAGCCGUCGCGCCCUCCUCCGCCCCGGCCGAGCUCUCGCAGCGCCUCGACUUUGGUGGCCGGUCGCACGCUCUGCACGUGACGCACAAGGGGAGCGUGGUCCAGGGGGCGGGAGACUACCGGCGGUGCAAGAAGCUGACCAAGCGGCUCUUCGGCGUCGAGGCGUGCUCCUACGGAGAGGGCAUCCCGACGCCACGUCCGCCAGGCGUCUACCAGCCGCCCCUCCCGAAGCGCUUCUACGGCCGCCUCGCGCAUGCCAGACCGGACCGCCAGGUGCCAACAGCCUCUCUUUACACCACCGAGCUGCGAACAGGCUUCUCGUACAUGUUCGACCGCACCGCCGCCAUCGGCCUGCUUGACCAGAAGCCUGUCACGUUCGGCGCCGCGGAGAUGAGCCGCGACGACAUCGAGCGAGCCGCGAAGGCCGUCUGCUCGCUCGACCAGGCGGGCGCGGCCGCGCGGUUCGCGGCGACCAACGACGCCGCAAAGGCGGCCAACUUUUGCGGGGACACUGUCUACAUCGCGGCGCUGCUCGACGCGCUCGGCUUCGACGAGCGGUCGACCAUGACGAUGACCAACAAGAUCAAGGACGUUGAGCUCGUCUGGACGCUCGGUGCGAUGCUCGCCCAGUCCUCCGCCCUCGCGAGCGGCGCCUCCGGCAGCCACUUUGGCGCCCUGAGCUGGCUGGCGCUCGCGGCCACUCUCGCGGGGCUGUGGUACUUUUGCCUCGGCCCAGGCUCGAGGCCUUCCGGGCCGCCGCGCCUGUACAACAGGCCGCCUCCCUAG